AUGGAGCAAAGGGAAUCUCAAGUUUCAAGGCAUCAAGUUAUAAGAGGGCAAGAAGAAGCUCGGUCACCAAGGAAUCAAGACAUAAGUAUCAAUGACGAAGUCGCCAUCACCGGGCCAUGUGAUAUUACGAACAAACGUUUAGCAAUCUUAAGUACAAGUCUGUUGCAGAUCAAAGAGACAAUAGACUUAACGAAAAGUAUUGAAACGUUACAGUUAAAAUUGGAAAAAUUGAAGAAUUGUUGGGCAAAGAUCUCACAAUUAAACGAUGAAUGUCUGUUUAACAAUGAUGAAAUAGACCAAGGAGAUUUCAUUCAACUGGAAUCGAUAUACGAAGAAGUAUAUAUCCAGUUACAAGAAGAACUGAACGUUCGCAGUCAAAACGUUUCAGAAACUAGAACAACCGUAAGUAACAAUAUCAAACUACCACCGUUGAAUGUACCAAUAUUCAGCGGCAGAAUUGAAGAGUGGUGUCCAUUUUGGGAAUUGUUCGACCGGUUAGUUCAACAAAACCAUAAUCUAGUGGAUGUAGAAAGGAUGCAGUACUUAAAAGGAAGUCUACGUGGAGAAGCCGCCAGACUUAUCAAUCAUUUAACAAUAACAGCGAACAAUUAUACAGCGGCAGUUGAACUACUGAAACAAAGAUACAACAAUCCAGCAAUACUUGUGGACAAUCUUAUCAAUAUGUUAUUGUCGCUCAGAGCUAUAAGAAAUGAGAAUGUACAGGAUUUAAAAACAUUAGUGGAUUCUUCUAGAGAAGUGUUAUAUGGUAUACGUAAUUUAAAUGUGGACACGUCAAGUUGGGAUCCACUAAUUAUACAGAUACUGCUUCCAAAAUUAGAUGGUGAAACCAGAAAAUUAUACCAACAUUCAAGAGGGGCAUCAACACAAAUACCGAAAUUGAGCAGCUUAUACGAGUUUAUCGAGAGCAGA